CUAUGUGGUUAUACAUGCCGCGGCAUGCGCCCUGAUGGCGGCGGCGGGAGCAGUUGCUCCCUCGCACCUCGUACUUAUAUGGGUGGGAGAUGGGGGGUGGGUGGGGGAAGAGAGUUCCCUUUUGAAACCUCCCCCAGUAAGGUGACUUCGUUGUCCUUUCCUUUCCCGGCAGGGAAUGAGACCAUGGUGCACCCCAGAGGUGCGCAGGCUGGGCCAGGCAGGCCGGCUGCAGAGGGAGCAAGAGGCCUACCAGCGCCCACCCGGUCUCUUCCGAUGGCCCUUGGCAGCAGCAGCAGCUCAUGCUUGGACUCUCCCACAGCUCUGGCUGGAGUGGGGGGCUUGGCUGGCCUUCCCCAGGUGCAGAGCAGCAGCCGAGAGGCAAGAGAUGUUACAAACUGCUGAACUUGUGAAAGACAGCAGUGUGCCGAACUUGACUGCUGAAGGCGAGAAUAAAAUGAGUGAGUUUUAAUUACAUCUAUAUAGCUCAUGAUAUCUUUGAAUCUAUCUAGCUAAGCAGCAUAGGUACUCUCACCUCUAAUGUUUCUAGUGUGUUUUAGGCAUUAAAAGUAGCACAAAGACAUAAUAUUCAGUGUAUGUCAGUGACUAUAUAUUGUGACGUAUGCAUGUGUGUAUUCAGUGAAAAAUGUAUUUCCAGGCAGGCAGCAUACUUAUUUUGCAAUAUCAGACUUAACUCCUUGGGAGCCUGGGGUGCGGAGUACUUUGGCCAGAAGUCCAGGGGAAAGGGAGACUCUGCACUCUUCCUAUUUCACUUGCACUAGAAAUGGAAACUCCAAGUGCCAGCCAUUACAGUCUUACACGAAAAAAGAUGAGUGGUGCUCAAAAACGUGGGUUGAAGAAAGCAAGGUUAGAGAACGAGGCCAAGCUACCAAAGAUCACGUCAUUUCCCACGAAGACCAGCCAAGGCACUUCAUUGGAGGAAGAUAAGGUGACUCAGACUGCAGAAACAGCAACAGUGAGUGCAAUCUGCCAUGGCUCAAGUCCUGCAGAGAAGGAACAAGGUGAACAUGCAGCAGAUAUGACAGCACAGCAGUCAAUACCUACUGAGCAAGGUGAAGACGUCCAAAUGAGAGGACAUGAAGGAGAGACAAGAGAACAUGUUGGCAAGGAAUUUAAUGUGGAUUUGAUCUUAAAAAAAAUUCCUACUGACAAAGAACUCUACAGUGAACCUCUUAGUACAGAUGAAAAGACCUUCAUUAUUUCAAAUGGGCCAUGCCAACCACCAGGUCCAUUUCCACAGCACAGCCAGUCAAACAGGCUUUUUUCUCAGGACAGAGAGAGAGGAUGGGUGAGAGGAGUUUGUGAUUGGCAUAAUCUGAAAAGGAAGAUAGAUGUCCACGAAGGUGCUGUUGACCAUCAGGAGUGUAGCACUAUUCUGGAUCAUUGGCGGCUGAACAAAACUGUGUCAGCAGAAGCUGCGAUUAGGAAAGAGGCAAACUUCUGGAGGCAAGUACUUGAUAGAAUCAUCAAUGUCACACUGACCCUGGCUACGUCCAACCUGGCAUCUGGAGGUCACAGGGAAGAUGUGAGCUCAGGUGGAAAUUGUGGCAACUUUCUCUUCAUCAUCACCUUAAUUGAAAAAUAUGAUCCUGUAUUGCAAGAGUUGCUAAAUAUUCCAGAGUGACAAACAAAGUACCUGAGCCCUGCUAUUCAAAAUGAACUGAUUGAUAUACUCUCAGAAAGCGUCAAGGAAGAAAUAAUAAAGGAUGCCAACAGAGCUGCAUUUUUCUCUGUCAUCAGAGACACAAUGCAGGAUGCUGGCAAGACAGAUCAGCUCAGCCAGGUAGUCCGCUUCGUUUCUGUUGAGACCAAUGAAAAGGAUCAGCCAGUUGAAAUAAAAAUACAUGAAACAUUCUUGGGCUUUCUGGUGGUGGAGGAUCAGGCUGCAUCUGGCUUCACACAGACUAUUUUGAAUGCUAUGGAAAGCAAUAAACUGGACCUCCUAAAAUUGCGAGGCCAAGGUUACGAUGGAGCUGCAACCAUGAGUGGUGUCUACAGUGGUGUGCAAGUUAGAAUUCAGGCUUUACAGCCAAAGGCAACUUACGUUCAUUGUGCUGCUCACAACUUGAACCUAGUCUUGAAUGAUGCAAUGUCCAGUGUUCCAGAGGUAAGGAACUUCUUUGGAGUUGUGGAAAGAAUAUACAUCUUCUUUGCACAUAGCAUCAAACGCUGGCAUACACUAGCUCACUUAACAUCUGGAUCAAAAACCACACUGAAGAAACUGUCCGGCCAGAUGGUCUUCACGUCAUGAGGCAUUAGUAGCCCUUCAGUGCCGCUUCACAGAUAUCUUCAAAGUGCUUACUGAAAUAAUUCUCCUAAGCAAGCAGAAAGAUGAAAUCUCAGAAGCCAAAGCUCUGAAAUCCAAAAUGGGGCAGUUCCAGUUUGUCUUCCUUACUGUGCUGCUAUUUAAGAUUUUAGGACCUGUUAGUACUGUUUCAGUGAUGCUACAGUCCUCAGAAACCUACCUCAGCAAAGCAGCAACCUAUCUCCGAACCAUUCACACUAAUUUGCAAGAGAACAAAAAUGAGUAUGACUCCCUCCGUGAAACUGCAGCAAAAAUGUCAGAAAAGUGGGGAGUAUCCCAAGUGUUUAAGGAGCAAUGCGUGGGAAAGGUGAAGCGGUUUCAUGAUGAGCUAUGUGAGGAUCAAAGACUAACAAAUGCAGAGGACCGUUUUAGAGUAUAUGUGUUCCUCUGUGUGCUGGAUAUAGCUUCCUCACAACUGAAACAACGCUUUGAGGGCCUACAUGAAAUUGUUACUAUCUUCAGUGCUCUUCACCCAUCAACAAUGACAUCAACAACUGAUGAGGACUUAAUUGAAGUAGGAGAACUUUUGGUCAGUAAAUAUGACACGGACUUGACUACCUCUCUUCCAAGACACUUGCUACAGUUUAGAAAUUUAUUGAAAGAAGACAUUUAAAAAACAAACAAACAAACCAACAACUAUAAAGGAAGUUGCUGAACUGCUCAUGAUUGACAAUUGUGGCCUUUGCAUCAGUUACCCUGAUAUCUGCACAGCAUAUAUGCUUUUCCUGACCCUACCCAUAACAGUGGCAUCUACUGAGAGAUCAUUCUCAAAACUGAAGCUCAUCAAGAACUAUAUGAGGAAUUCCAUGUCUCAGGAAAGACUCAAUGGCCUUGCUCUGCUAUCCAUUGAAAAUGAAAGAGCAAAGAAACUGGAUAUACAAAAGAUAAUAGACAACUUUGCUGAACUGAAAGCACGAAAGAAGCCAUUGCAUUAAGUUCUGGAUGGUGGGUGUGAGAUAUCAUAGUAUACAGGUAGUGGUGAGAUAUCAUAGUUGGGAUAUGUGCAAUGUGAAGUUCUUCACUGAUACUGUUGUAAUAGUUCUGUUAUGUAUACCUUGUAACUGUUGGGAUGUGUGCAAUUGUUAAAGUUCUUCAUUGAUACUUUUUUAAUAGUUGGUUCUGUUAUUUGCACCUUGUAACUUUUGUUGGGAUGUGUGCAAUGAUUACUGUUCUUCAUUGAUACUGUUUUUAGUUGGGUCUGUUGUUAUGCACACCUUGUAACUGUAGUUGGGAUAUGUGCAAUGAUUAAAGUUCUUCUGUUGUAUUA